AUGCACCUCCAUUGCAACACGCGACACCAACCUCAGAUUCCCAUCACCCUUAGGGGCUCCGCUGAAAUCGUCACGGAAUUCUUUGGUUUCAGCAUCAACAACAUCCUCUAUCAACGAGGCAUCUACCCUCCAGAAAGCUUCACGCGUGUGUCCAAGUAUGGUCUGGCCAUGGUCGUCACUGCCGAUGAAAAACUCAGCGCGUAUCUCAAGAACGUCCUCGACCAGCUAGCAGGAUGGCUCGUGGAGAGCCAAGUGCAGAAGCUCGUGGUCGUCGUCGCCAACGCCAACACAGACGACAUCCUCGAGCGAUGGAUGUUUGAUGUGUACGCGGACCCGCCAUCCGCCCACGGCGUCAAUAGCGCUGCAGAACUCAAACCAGCGAAGGUCGUCAUGAGCGAAAUACAAGCCAUCAUGCGUCAGAUCACGGCCAGCGUGUCGUUCCUACCGCUGCUGAAUGACCCGUGCACAUUCGACCUGCUCGUGUACACAGACAGGGACGUGCAUGUGCCUCAAACUUGGGAGGAGUCGGACCCGCGCCUCGUCGAGAACUCGGUUGAAGUCCGCCUGCGUUCGUUCACGACCAAGGUGCACAAGGUGGAUGCCAUGGUCGCGUACAAAGACCCCGACACGACCAUCUAGCUCGACUCCACGGCGAUACACGGCUUGGUCCAGGGAUGGGCAUGAUGCAUGUAUGCGCACAUGGAUAGAAUAAUGAGAUUUGAAACCAAUAAUGUGGUUGGGAUACAUGAUCAA